CGGCACCUGCUGCUGAGGGACCCCGCGGCUCGCCCAGGUGCUCAUGAUGGGGCUGAUCUUCGCCAAACUAUGGAGCCUCUUCUGUAACCAAGAACACAAAGUAAUUAUAGUGGGACUGGAUAAUGCAGGGAAAACCACCAUUCUUUAUCAGUUCUUAAUGAAUGAAGUGGUUCAUACAUCUCCGACCAUAGGAAGCAAUGUUGAAGAAAUAGUUGUGAAGAAUACUCAUUUUCUUAUGUGGGACAUUGGUGGUCAAGAGUCACUGCGAUCAUCCUGGAAUACUUAUUACUCAAACACAGAGUUCAUCAUUCUCGUUGUUGAUAGCAUUGACAGGGAACGACUAGCUAUUACAAAAGAAGAAUUAUACAGAAUGUUGGCUCAUGAGGAUUUACGGAAGGCUGCAGUUCUUAUCUUUGCAAAUAAACAAGAUAUGAAAGGGUGUAUGACAGCAGCUGAAAUCUCCAAAUACCUCACCCUCAGUUCAAUUAAGGAUCACCCAUGGCACAUUCAGUCCUGCUGUGCUCUAACAGGUGAAGGGUUAUGCCAAGGUCUAGAGUGGAUGACCUCCCGGAUUGGCGUGAGAUAACUUUUGCUUGAAAGAGACUGCUCUAUUUAUUCUGUGACAUGAACAUUUUUUCCUAGUACUUUUGGCUGCUAAGGCAGCAGCAUGUUUAAUUUAUAACAACACAAACCUCUAUGAGCAACACUUGAAUCAAGUGCAGCUGACCUGGAACAUAAAAGAAUUUUUCUUAACUUUUUUUUAAUGCACUAAUCUUCAGUUGGAUGAACAUAAUGUAUAACUAUGUUUUCAGCAACAGAUUUCUUCUGACUGCUUAUUCUAAUUAUUCAGUGACUGCCUUGUGAAAAAUGUUUAUCAUAUAUUUAAUGUUUUCUGAAAUAAUUGUUGUAACUUUAAUGACUUUCAGUUCUUGACCACCGCUCCCUCCCUCCUGACCAGAAAAAUCACUGCUUUGACAAAGUAGUAGUGGAACUCAUCAGGUACUGCUUGCAGACUUUCCCAGCACUAAAUAUCUGCUCCCUCUAUAAACAGUUUAUCUUUGAACACUUACUAUAAAAGAAGGAAAUCUGCCAAGAUGAUGUGUAUAAGGAAGAUUAAACAUCAUGCAUACUUGCCUUUCAAACAUCCCCAACAUUAUUGCAGUCAUGGAAUAAUUUUAAAUUGCAAUUAGCAUAGAAAUUAAGUAAGCUCUUUCUUUCUCUAAAGGAAUUAAGUUUACUUUUUUACCUACAACAUUUGGUCAAAAACUGAUCAAGGUAAAAUAUUUAUUCAAAAGCCCAGCUUUGAUGGUCAAUGUUGUCGGAUAAAUCUGGUAUUUUAAGAACGCCAUGGUAUUCAAUGCAUAUGAAACUAUAUGAGACAUUAUUAAAGCACACCAGUACACAAAAUAAGACACUUGGAAUAUUUUACUUUCCACUUACAAACAGCUAUUAUGAGCAAAAAUGUUAGCUAUUUUAAUUACAAGAGACAUUGUGUCUGCUUUGUGCAGUAGCUAAAUAGAAGUAUGAACAGUCCAUCUUAUUUUUUAAAACUUGAAAGUAUGACUCUUAGGGCAUUUUUGCCCCUGGCAGUAUAUUACUUAUAAACUAUGUGACUUUUCUUAAAUCUGUUCCAAGGGUAUUAUGUAAUAGGUUUGAAACAACUGCCAUCUUUGUAGUUAUGAUUUGGAUUCUAAAUUUUAUAGAAAACUACUGAAUUUAAUUCUAGCUUUUAGAAUAUUACUGUAAGACUCAAAGUUAGUACUCUUAACUUACAACUUAAAAAAUAAGAAAGUAAAAAUCUACCACAAGAUUUAUCAGACAGCAUUAUAAGAUUUCUGAGGCAGUUGUCUAAUAAGAGUAACAAUGCAUAAUCAAUUAUGAGGGAGGAUUAGUUUCAACCCAUUUUAUUUCAAAUGUGUGAUUUUGAUGUAAUGAAAGGGAUAAAAUGCAUACUUGGAGAAUGAUAAUUGUUUUUACAGCAUUUGUUUUCAUUUGGAUCAAAAAUAAGAGUCAGUGUUCAUAUCAAAUAACUGAUCAAACAUGGUAUUUUCAUUUUAAUAUUAUUUGUAAGUUGACUUAAAUUUUGCACUGUUUUCAAAUGUUCUUGAUUUAUUAUAUUUAAUCAAAUAUGGUAACCUCUUUCUGAUUUAUUUUUAGUGAUAGCACACCUUUGAAUUAAAAAAUGACCAGGAAAAAGCUUUCUGGGAUAUUGGGAAAUAGUUGUAACUUUGUUUUGAAUGUUUUUCUUAGUGAUUCUAUACUAAGUAGAGGAUAAGUUUAGUUUACUUUAGUAUAGUUUUAGUUUUAAUAUAACCCAUUAUUAAGAAUAUGAGAGAAAAGCAGACAUAAAUUAACAAUAAUUAUGAAAGGGGAGUGAAGGAGACAGAAAUUGAGAAAGUACUAUUUACCUAAAUUAUACCUGGCCUGAAUUUCUACUUGAUUAUAUUAUUUAGCAUAAGUUCUGAGGAUAGUUUUAGUAAGUCUUUCCUGAGAAUAUUUAAUACUCCUGUAUUUGUCCUUAUGAAAUGAUUAUCUGCCUUCUUGUAUCUAGUAAGAUCAGCUGGCUCAAUUUUCUCUAUGAAAUUACAUGGUUAUUUUUUAUAUUACCAUAUCAGCAUUAUAUUGAAAGUGUUUUUAAUAGUCAAUUGUAUUUUGUCAAACAACUACUAGUAUAAGAGUCAAAUUUGCUAUUUAAUUUUUAAAAUACAAUUUAUUUUCUAAAUCCUUUUUUAAGAAUAUUUUUAGUUAUGGGUUAGAAAGGAUUUAUGUUAGCUGUUGGUUGAAGAUGAAAUUGGCAUCCAUGUAGAUUUUGUGCCUAUUGGGAAAAGUUCAAUUGGGAAAUUCAUGUAACACUCUUAAAAAGUAUUUUGUAGGUUUUCUUUAGCUCUUUCCUGUUACAGUAACAUGAAAACUGAUUAUCCUUUACUCCAAGAGAAUGUUUUGACCCAAGCAAGUAUCUAAUGCUCUGAAAUAUUAGUUCAGAUAUUCAUUGUCAAUCAACCAACUAUAACAUGAUGAAAAACGUAAAUGUGUUAUUAGUGCCUUUGUUCAGAUUUUGUGAUAAUUUCUCAAUUUUGUAUUAUGCCUGUUAUUUAGGAGCCAUGGUAGUGGCUAAUUAACUCAACAGAGGAAUCAUUGGAAUUUUAUCCUCUCCUUCAACUCCACCUGUCAUUAGCAAUGUUUCUAGUAAGUAGGAAGCAAGGGACACACCCACUUAUCUUCAGAAGAUUAUUCUUUUAUUUUUAAUUUGAAGAUAAUUAAAUUUCCACUAUAGUCUUUUUAAUAUGUUAUAAUUAAAAUGUAAAAAUACCCUUGCAAGUUCAAAAAUGACAUUUUUCUUAAUUUUGAACCUUUUUUCAUUUUUAAAUCCACCAUUCUUAUUGAAGCCCAUUUGAGAACUCUUUUAGAAUGAACAGACCCUUUUAUAAGGAAAUAUACUGAAUAUUUCUAUUUGUUAAUGUAAUUUAAUUCCAUAAAACCUGAAAUAUUUAUAUGUAUAUAUGUGUGUGUGUGUAUAUUAUAUAUACUGUGUAUAUAAUAUAUACACGAUCAUUGAAGACCGAACCUUAAAUAUGUAGUCUUUACUUUUAGUUCCUUGUGUUAAUAUGCCUAAAGCUCUAACUAUUUUUAUUCUAUAAUCAUUAGGGGAAAGAUAACAAAUACAAAUUCCAUUGCCUAAAAUUAUUAUUUUUUCCUUUUUUAGGUUUUUGCCAUAGAGCACAUGCACUUGGCCAGGGAGAAACAGAGAGGGAAAGUGAGACAUCAUCCCCUGAGGAGGUGGCCAUGCCACAAUCCUUCUU